UUCCAUGGCGAAUAUUGCAAACCGCAGCUACAGACACAAACUGUAAAUACCCGAUAACGCUCAGCCCAAAAACAUUUCUAAUCAAUUCCGAGUAAUACAUCGAAAGCCACAAGAAAUAUCUACGGGAAACAUGUUUUCUUUUUGUUUUAGUUACCUAUUUAUUAAAAUGACAACAUAGUGGUGAAACACGAUAGAAUAAUGGUCUAGUUUUAGAUUAAGUAAUCACUUAUUUCCUUGAUAAGCCCCAAUAAAAGUAUAUAAAUACGAAGUGGGGAUACAAGAAAUUGUUAAGUUCAAUUUUAAAUACGCAACUUGUGGUUUCUAUUCCAUACAAUUUCAGCAAAAACUCAAAAGAUGUCUACAAUAACAGCUGAUCAAAAGCAAGCGUUAGAUCAGCAAGCUGUCAACAAUUUUCGUGAAUAUCUUCAAAUUCCCUCGGUUCAUCCUGAUGUAGAUUAUGAACCAUGUGUUACGUUCUUGGAAAAACAAGCAAAAAGUUUGGGUCUUCCUGCAAAGGUUAUAUCUGUGGUAGCUGGCAAACCAAUUGUGAUAAUAACAUGGCUUGGAAAGGAACCAAGUUUACCAGCCAUUCUAUUAAACAGCCAUAUGGAUGUUGUGCCUGUAUUCGAGGAGAAAUGGACGUACAAGCCUUUCAGUGCCCAUGUAGAUGAAAAAGGUAAUAUUUAUGCAAGAGGAUCUCAGGACAUGAAGUGUGUAGGAAUUCAAUAUUUGGAAGCAAUCAGAAGACUAAAAUUACAGGGUGUUACUUUAAGGAGGACUAUUCAUGUUAGUUUUGUACCAGAUGAGGAAACUGGAGGUGUCGAUGGAAUGAAAGCAUUUGUCAAAACUAAUGAUUUCAAAAAUUUAAACAUAGGAUUUGCCUUAGACGAAGGUAUGGCAAGCCCUACUAAUGAGUACCCCGUAUUUUAUGCAGAAAGAAUAAUUUGGCAAAUGCAUAUUCAUUGUCCCGGACACCCAGGACAUGGGUCUUUAUUGUUGGAAAACACCGCUGGAGAAAAAGUUGCGCAUUUUUUAAAUAAAUUAUAUGAAUUUAGGAAAACACAACAACAAAAAUUGAAAGAAAAUCCUAAUUUUACAAUUGGAGAUGUAACGACUGUCAAUUUAACCCAAGUACAGGGUGGUGUUCAACCAAAUGUAAUCCCUCCCGAAUACAUUCUAACUGUUGAUGCUCGCAUAUCAAUUACAACGUGUUUAAAGAAGUUCGAAGAAAUGGUUAAUAAAUGGUGUAGUGAAGCAGGACAGGGAGUUUAUGUUGAAUUCGAACAAAAACAGCAUUUGGUUACACCUACAAAAGUUGACAAUUCCAAUUCCUAUUGGAUAGCAUUCAAAUCAGCGGCUGAUGAACUCGGCUUGAAACUAAAAACCCAAGUUUUUCCUGGCGGUACCGACAGUCGGUACGUUAGGAACGCGGGAAUCCCAGCGAUAGGAUUUUCGCCGAUCUCCAACACGCCCGUAUUGUUGCACGACAACGAUGAGUAUUUAAAUACUGACGUAUUCUUGAGAGGAAUCGAGGCAUACGUUAAAAUUGUUCCUAAAAUUGCCAAUAUAGCAGACAAAACUGGAUAAAAACCAAAAGACCCGUCGUUUUAUAAUGAACAUUUUAUAACGUAACAUGAAAGUAACACAUAGGUAUUUUAUAAAGUUUUUGAACGGCUUGACUAUGUACAUUUUCAUUUUUUUAUUUAAUGACUUACAAAAUAUUAAAAACAAUAACUUACAAAUGAGAAAAGACAAAAAUUACCUUUUUUGGGUCGGAAUGCAGAAUCCUUGGUAACAAUCUAUUGUCUGAGUUUUUUACAAUUUAUAAAGCAAACAGACCGAUAAAUAGCAGACAUGGGAGAAUCUACAAUUUGCAUUCAUCACCUAUCCGCUUAUUUAGGUAAAUAAUUCUGUAUCCUUAGUAGGUACUCAAAUAUGAGUAAAAUAAAAUAAGGAAAGACAGCUUUAGAUUUAAUUUGAUUCAGGGGCCACCACCUUCGGUUGACAUAAUAUGGUUCUUCUUUUUAGAGUCAUCAGAACCGCCUCACCACAGGCGAUGAUGGUCAUCUGAUGGUGGUGGCCCCUGAGUCCAUUUAAAUCUAAAGCUGUCUUUCCUUAAUAACUUACAGUUAAACUAAAAAUUGUCAAGAAGAGUAAAAGUUGUCACUUUUUGAAGUUAUAAUUCUUUAGGCACGAGGGUGAAUUUUUACAUUCCCUGGCGCAUGCGCACACCGACAGUAUAUUCAACUAUUUUUAAUGGGAAUAAGCCACAAUUUUACCAAAAAAAUGAUUUUAUUAACAUUUCGAAGCCCAAAUCGGGUUUCGUUGUCAAAAUACAAAAUACUACUAAAAUAAACAAAAAUGUUGUUGCUAAGUAACAAAAUUCUCUAAUAAUUUAUUUAAUCUGACUCAUUUAUAUUGGCAAUUCAGACGUAUAUUAUAUAUUUUAAAGUAGAAGACUUUAAAAUGAUAUCGCCAAUAUUUAUGAGUUGCGUUCCUGGGACGACUUUACUAAAAGAUAGUUCAUUCGAUUACAUGAAAUCAAUCCCAACUCAAGAAUAUCCGUCACAAAAAAAAUCAUAGCAUGUGAUCUGUCUUUAAAAAGACAACCAAAUGCAACGAUGACGGUAAUAUUCUCGCGUUAGAGAUUCCCUAGUAAAUCACGAGGGAAACCAGGAAAAGAAACCUCGUGAUACUAUCCCGACAUCGUAAGUAUUUAGUCUUACAUUUAAUUUACCUUCAAAUAACGAAUACCAAAUUCUGACUUUAAUAUGUUUAAAUUAUCAAUAAUAUUAAUAAUACAUAGAUAUUAUUUUCUUGUAAAAAUGUGCUUCAUUUUUGGUUAUUUCACGUUAAAGUAUUCCAUUUGGAAUUUAUAUGAACCUAUUUUUCAUUAGCUACAACUCUGCUUCUGCUAGGUAUAGAGACGUGAUAUAUGCCCCAUUUUUUAAAAUUUUCUACAGGCUAUAUUUUUGCUAAGAAUGUUUUUUCGACAAAAUACUUACUAUUUGAGUUAUUUGCGAAAAACCGUCUAAAAACGUGGGUAUUUUGUUGAAAAAUGAACAUAUUCACUGGCAAAUAACUCGAAAAGUAUUGACUUAGUGAAAAAACUCUGUAGAACAAAAGUUACUUAAAAUUAGUCAGUUUAUCCAUUUCCGGACUUACUUUGGACGAAUAUUUUUUCACCCCCAAGAGGAGGUGAAAACCACCCCCAGGGAAAAGCACAUAUCGGCACAACUUGUUAGCUAUGUGUAUGCCAAAUUUCAUGUCAAUCCAAGCGGUUCUUUAAAAUUUUGAGGUUUUACAAUAUUUUACCGUUAAAGAACAUACUAAAAGUGAAAUGGUUUCGUGUGACUAUUCAAAUUAAUUUUGGAAAUGUACUUCGAUGCCAUCGUCGCAUUCGUUUAAAUCGUCUUUAUGUCAUCAAAGCUUACUCUGUCGUCACACUUUAAACAGCAUUUUUAGUUUUUGAUACACGAGAAAGUCACAGUUUACUCUUUCGGAAUUGUAUGGAGACUGACGGAGUUCCGAUAGUAACAUGUUAUUAAAAUCACUUUAUCAAUUUUUAUCUUUUCUCGGUUAUCAGUUUUUAUUACAUAGUAUAUAAAUUAUUAUUAUCACUGAAUACAUAGUUAGUUAAAAAUAACCCUAUUAAUUUAAUUAAUUAAUGAUUUAAGCAAUUAAGAAGUAACAAUUUUCCAAGAAUAUUCAUAACAAUAAAAAUGUAUACCAUUUUUAUUCAGUUGCAAUGCGAACCCAAAACUGUCUUAAUUUUCACUUAGACCAGAGAGCGCAAACCAGCAUUCUAAUCGACGAUUUCGCCUAUUAUUAGAGGCUCAUCAGAGAAUGCAUAGAUUGCUAUCUCUGACCCAAGUUAAAAUCAUCUAGUAAUCUAGUCUCUUAUUCCCCGCAUUGCAACUAACGUGAUGGUAGUGGUACUCUGGGCUAAUUAGCAAAAUUCAUGGAAAAGUUAUUUACCAGCAAUUUUAUUGCUGGAAUCGAAUUAUAAGAUCCUAUAUAUUAAUAAUAUAGGUAUGCAAAGUCCGCAGAUAGUGUGCUACUUUUUUUAUAAACAAAAUGGCGCCGACAAAUCGUAUUUUUUUCAAUUAUUGCUCUAUAACUCCGAAGAUUUUAACUUUACAACUAAAACACCUUAAUAAAAAUUCACCGCAAUUAAAUUCUGCAUAGAGAUAUGUUUUUCACGAUUUGCUCCGACGAAAAUUUUCCUCGGAAAAUGCGGGUUUUCCUAACAAAAACUCUAAUUUUCAAAUAAAGUUUUAGGUAAGUAAUUAUUAAUCAAUAAUUAAACAACUUAGUGACAUCAAAGCUUUCUGGGUAUAGAUUGUAAUUCCAGAAGCCGGUGAAAAUUAAACGAAUAUUUUAGCAACAAUUCAAUUGUUAAUUAACAAAUUACGAUCGCAAUAAUAACCAAAAUAAUCAUGAUACAUUGAUCAAACUUAUAAAGAUUAUAAAGAUGAGAUGCUUAUUUAAUAUUUUAUCGACAAAAUAUAAAUUUUUCUUUUUUUUGCAUAAUCUGUAAAUUUUGAAAAAAAAAAUAGUUAUAAUACGCUGGUCUAAUUAGUAAAGUACAAAGAAAGGUUAUUUACCAGCAAUUUUAUUGCUGGAAUCGAAUUAUAAGAUCCUAUAUAUUAUUAAUAUAGGUAUGCAAAGUCCGCAUAUAGUGUGCUACUUUUUUUUAUAAACAAAAUGGCGCCGACAAAUCGUAUUUUUUUCAAUUAUUGCUCUAUAACUCCGAAGAUUUUAACUUUACACCAAAAACACUCAAAUAAAAAUUCACCCCAAUUUAAUUCUGCAUAGAGGCAUGUUUUUCCAGAUUUGCUCCGACGAAAGUUUUCCUCGGAAAAUGUGGGUUUUCCCAACAAAAUCUCGAAUUUUCAAAUAAAUUUUUUGGGCCAGUAAUUAUUUAUCAAUAAUUAUAUAGCUUGGUGAAAUAAAAGCUUUCUUGUUAUAGAUUAUAAAUUCAGAAGCCGGUAAAAAUGAAACGAACAUUUUAGCAACAAUUCAAUUGUUAAUUAACAAUUUACAGUCGCAAUAACAACCAAAAUAAUCAUGAGACAUUGAUCAAACUUAGAAACAUUAUAAAGGUGUGAUGCCUAUUUAAUAUUUUGUCGACAAAAUAUAAAUUUUUCAUUUUUUUGCAUAAUCUUUAAAUGUUUAAAAAAAUUGUUAUAAACAAAUUAACAUUUCUCAGAAAUUGUUUAUUAUAUUCUAAUUUAAAAAAAUACUUAAAAUGCGUAUUUCAUAGGUCUUGAAAAUGAAUGCUUUAAAAAAAUUUUCCAACCAUUUGCAAAAAAGUUAUGAAGCAGCAAAGUAAAUAUACGAAAACUCCGUUGUUUAUAAUUUGUUUUAAUUGUUUCAAAGCUUAAAAGUGAGUCUAUGGUACAACCUAAUUACUCACAAAGAAUGUCAAAAAUUAGUGCAAUUUGUUAUAUUUUAAUCAAAGAUUAAAAAUACUUUUUUUUGUAAUUUUUAGCGCAAACGUAGGCCUGAUACAGAGUCGGAGCUAAAAUGUUCACUCGAAGCGACUGACACGCAGCAUGCAUUAUUUAUUAAAAGUGUACAUCACGCGGCUGGUCGUCGCUCAGAGUGAAAAUUUUAGCUACAGUACUGUGUUACUCUACUUUCGCGCGUGUAAAUUACAAAAAAAUAUAUUUAUAAUCUUUAAUUAAUAUAUAACCAUUAAACUGAGAUCGAUAUUUUUUUUGUAAAUAAUUAGCUUGUACUUUAAACUCACUUCUACGCUUUGAAAGAAUUAAAAAAAUAUAUAAACACAGUAGUAAUCGUAUGUUUACUUAUUGUUCAUAACUUUUUUACAAAUGGUUGCAAAAAAGUUUUAAAGCAUUCAUUUUAAAGAUAUUUAAAAUGCACAUUUUAGCUAUUUUUUAAAAUUAUAAUAUAAUAAAAACUUUCUGAGAAACGGUAAUUUGUUUAUAACUAUUUUUUUUAAAACAUUUAAAGAUUAUGCAAAAAAAUAAAAAAUUCAUAUUUUGCCGACAAAAUAUUAAAUAGACAUCUCAUCUUUAUAAGAUUUCAAAGCUUGAUCAGUGUAUCAUAAUUAUUUUGGUUAUUAUUGCGACCGUAAAUUAUUAAUUAACAAUUGAAUUGUUGCUAAAAUAUUCGUUUAAUUUUCAUCAGCUUCUGUAACUAUAAUCUAAACCAAAAAGGCUUUUAAGUCACCAAAUUAUUUAAUUAUUGGUAGAUAAUUACUUAUCUAAAACUUUAUUUGAAAAUUAAAGAUUUGUUGGGAAAACCCGCAUUUUCCGAGGAAAAUUUUCGUCGUAGCAGAUCGGGAAAAACGCGUCUCUAUGCAGAAUUUAAUCACGGUGAAUUUUUAUUUGGGUAUUUUUGUUGUAAAGUUAAAAUCUUCGGAGUUAUAGAGCAAUAAUUGAAAAAAACACGAUUUUCGUGCGCCAUUUUGUUUAUAAAAAAAGUAGCACACUAUCUGAGGACUUUGCAUAUUAUUAAUAUAUACAAUCAUAAGAUUCGAUUCCAGCAAUAAAAUUGCUGGUAAAUAACUUUUCCCAAAAAUGGCCUAUUCUCCGGUAAUCAGCCCAGACUAUAGGUGCAAUGCGGGGACUAAUAGACUCGAUGAUUUUAACUUGGGUCAGAGAUAGCAACCUAUGCAUUCUCUGAUGAGCCUCUAAUAAGAGGCGAAAUCGUCGAUUAGAGUGCUGGUUUGCGCUCUCUGGUCUAAGUGAAAAUUAAGACAGUUUUCUAUUAGUAUUACUCCUAUUGAGUAACUAGGUCCAUUUUCUGUUGAAAUUUACCACGCUGAACAGACGUGACGUUACAAAAUGCGACGAACGCAAAAAAGGCAAUAUACAGAUUUUUAGAAACAUACUAUAUUUUAAUUAAUAAAGAUAAAGGUGUGAUGUAACAUCUUGUUACAGUUCAUGUAUUUGUCUAAGUUAUUGUUUCUUAAAUAUUUGUAUUUUAUUCGUAUUAGGUAGUAAAAAGCCAGUUUAUUCUUAGUUGCUUGUUACGUCAUGAAGUGUUUAUUGUAAUACAUUUUAGAGUUAAAUAAAAAGAUAAUAUAUAUUUUUUGGAAUUGUAAAAUUUUAUUGACUGUUUCGUUUUGAGAGAUUUAUUUGUGGUUGAGAAAUAAAUAUUAUAUUAUAAAA